AUGAGCGGCAACAUUCCUCUCCCUUCUGAGGGUGCGAAGACUGGCUCGCGAGCUACAGCGACAUGCUACUGCAGCGCCGUCCAGAUCGACUUCCCCACCGAAGGCGAAGACUUUGUGGACAGCUUCAUCUGCCACUGCUCCGACUGCCGCAAGAUCACAGCCUCCAUGUUCGCGUCCAACUUCAUCGUCAAUGAGUCUGCGACCAAGCACAUUCGUGGCAAGGAGCUUCUCACCAAAUUCGCCCAGGCCAAGACAAUUGAGUCUGGCAACACGAUGGAGAACCACUUCUGCUCUAGAUGCGGCACUCUGCUGUAUCGUGUUAGUGAGGGGUACCCAGGGAAGCUCAUUAUGAGAAUAGGAACGAUCGACGACUUCGAUCUGCACGAGACAAAGGUCAAGCCAAGGAUCGAGCAAUACGCGAAGAACCGCGUGAAGUGGUGCAGUGCUGCUGAGGGCGUCGAGCAGCACCAAGGUGGCUUCUACUGGGCUCCUGUGAGAGGGCAGUAG